AUGCGGGAUCACACAUCCAGUGUUAAUGUGCAGGAGCUGCUGAGGCACUCUCACAUGGAGUUACAGUGGAUUCAGAGACAGCUUGCCAUGAUCACUGCCAGGAGCACACACCAUCACCACAUACCCUCCAAGGCAAAGUUUGAGGUGUCAUCCCAACCUGGCCAUUCUUUUCAAAAUGUGAGUCGUUUUCGCCUCCUGGAAGAGAGAAAUCGAGUUUUGAGACAAGAAGUGGCUGCUCUACGCCAAGAGAAGCAGCAAUACCGCAAACUGAGAGCAAAGCUCCAUGCUGCUUUGCAGGAGAAAAAUCGUCUCAACCUCGAGCUGAUUGGCCGUCACCUGAAGGCAUCCAAGUAUGACCAGGUGCAGUCCGACUUCGAUCAGCUGAAAGAGACAUUUGCUGUGGUAAGCCAAGAGAGAGACACGGCCCAACAGCAGCGCAGCCAACUUCAAGGCAAGGUCGAGAACCUGGAACAGGUUCUAAAGCAUAUGCACGAAACUGUCCAGGUGAAGCAUCAGCCACAGACGGAGCAUGAGCAGGCCUUGGCGGCCCUUCACACCAAGCAAAAGGAGAUCCAUCAAUUGCAAAAGGCCCGGCUUCAAGCUGACCAUGACCAUGAGCAAGCCGUCCAACUUUUAGAGGUCCAGAUUUGUGACCUGGAGCCGACAUGCAGGUCACAGAGUGAACACUUCCAUCCGCUUUCCAAAGAGCUGCUGAAUUUCAGUUUACAAUCCCGUCCUGUGGAGAUCCUCCUGAGUAAAGCCCCCACCAAAUCCUCCAAUUUCCUCCCGACAGAGGAGGAGCUCCCAAAAGUCGUUGUCGGAUUUGAAACCCAGCCAGAAGCAGGCGAUGAGAGAGCACCAAACACACCACCACUGAUCUCCCAGUUCUUGCAGUGCCCACAGCAGACUGGAGACAGGGAAAGACCAGAUUGGCCGUCUGUCAAGUCCCGCACCGUGAAAACGGACCGUACCUGCUGCACUCAGCAGCUGACCACAUCAACGCUACAGAUGGAGGAUGAACCAAGCCCAUCAACCAGGUCCAGGCCUCGCUACACAGGCCAGGUUCGCCUUUGCACUGCCCGAUACAGUUAUAAUCCCUAUGAUGGACCAAAUGAACAUCCUGAAGCCGAACUCCCACUUGUGGCCGGGAAGUAUUUGUACGUUUAUGGCAAUAUGGAUGACGACGGAUUCUAUGAAGGUGAGCUGCUGGAUGGCCAGCGAGGACUUGUGCCAUCAAACUUUGUAGAGUUUGUCCAAGACAAGGAGAAGCUGUCAAUUCAAGAUGGCGAUUGUAGAGAAGAUCUUGGCCCAGUGGAUCAUAAACCGCUUGCCUUGAUGUCUGUGGAUGGAGGAUCCGGCCAAGAUGGUCUCUUGAGCUCGGCGAAUGCCUUGGUUCCCUGUAGCAACGGGACUGUGGCGCCCCUGGACCCCGAGGACCUGGCUGAAGACGUUGUGCCUUAUCCCCGAAAGAUCACUCUGAUCAAGCAGCUGGCGCGAAGCGUCAUCGUGGCCUGGGAGCCUCCAGUUGUGCCUUUGGGCUGGGGGAACAUCUCUGGCUAUAACGUGUUGGUGGAUGGCGAGCUACGGGCCAGCAUACCUUUCGGCGGGCGUACCAAAUGCUUGCUGGAGAAACUGGACCUUGACGGAUGUGUUCACCGCGUUUCGGUCCAGAGCGUCACAGACAGGGGCUUGUCGGACGAGCUGCGCUGCACUCUUUUAGUUGGGGCCAACGUGGUGGUGGCACCUUGCGGCCUCCGAGUAGAUGACAUCCAGCGGGACACGGCUGAGCUCUCUUGGUUGCCUAGUAACAGUAACUAUGGUCACACGGUCUUACUGGAUGGUGUGGACCACGCAGUCUUAAAGCCGGGGAGGUAUAGACUACGCUUCUUCAACCUAAAGCCGCUGACGGUGUACAAAGUGACUGUGGCGGCACAGCCGCAUCAGGUGCCAUGGCAACUGCCUCUGGAGCAGAGGGAGAGGAAGGAAGCAGGAGUGGAAUUCUGCACUCAGGCUGCAGGUCCAACACCCUAUUGCAGAACAGGCCCUCCUCUGCCUCCACAAGAUGUACAGGUGCUCUGUGGGCAGGCACCUGGGGUACUACAGGUCCGAUGGAAGCCCCCUCUUCUGUCUCCUACAGGCACAUCCAAUGGAGCCAAUGUCCUUGGUUAUGCUGUCUGCACCAAAGGGCAGAAGAUAGCGGAAGUGAUGUUCCCAAUGGCAGACUACGUGACUGUGGAGCUGACAAGGAUACAGUGCCUGGAGGCCAGGGAGGUCAUUGUCAGGACGCUGUCUGCACAGGGAGAAUCCCAGGACUCCCACGUCGCUGUCAUUCCAAACAACCUGCUCGUGCCUCUACCUCCGCUUCCCCUGCCGGCGCCGAUACACCCUCACCCCCACCCCCACGCCCAGCCUCACCUUACAUCCCCUCACCAUCCUCAUGCCACCCCACAGAUUCCCGCCCCACCACAAGCCCACGGUCCACCGCUACCACCCCAUACCCAUCCUCCACACCCUCAACACCACACAAGAGUCCCUCACCCAGGAGUGCCCCAGCCAAACCAGAGUCGACUGCCGCAUCCUCAUACGCAGCCCCCGCACCCCCAUCAAGGUCCCAGGCCCCAGCACCGACUGCCUCUGCAACCCCACGCUCACCCCCACCCGAUACCUCAGAGACCAGUAAGUGCCAGAGACCUGGAUGCCAAAGAGCAAGCCGCCCACCAUAUGGCCGCCCCGCCUGGUUGGGACCUUGCCCGAUCCCCAUCCUCCCAGUCACCUGUACCCAUGCAGGGCCACACUCUUGAGCCCCCACCUCCUGGUAAUCCACGUUCCCCCUCACCUCAGAGGAUUCUCCCACAGCCGAGAGGGACUCUCAUCCCAGACAAUGUGGCCAAAGCUAUUGCCCGGGAAGCGGCGCAGAGGGUGGCGGCAGAAAGUGGCAAGGGGGACCGGAGACCUGUUGGCUAUGCCGAACAGGGUCAGUCCUUUCACCAGCAUCACUCGGAUGAGGAAGAGGAAGACGGGGAAGGGUUCACGCGUCGCCGACGAAGGGGGCCGUCAGUCGACGAGUUCCUCCGAGGCUCUGAGCUAGGAAGGCCGCCCCACUAUAGUCACAAUGAAGAUUAUCACAGCGAGAGCAGCCGUGGCUCUGACCUGUCUGACAUCAUGGAAGAGGAUGAGGAGGAGCUGUACUCAGAGAUGCAGCUGGACGAGGGACGUCGACGCAACUCGCACAACACACCCAAGUUAAACACUCCCUCUAGAGGCCGUCAUGACCGGGAGAGCGGGCGAAGGAUUCAUCACAGUGGUGUGCAGCCUCAGAGACGACCUCUGAUGGUCCCUGCCAUCGAUGGCUACAGAGAUCGUCACUCUCCCACUUACUUUGAUGAGUCGGAGCCAGAGGAAGCCUUUCGGGUAUUUGUGGCGCUCUUUGACUACGACCCUCUGUCCAUGUCCCCUAACCCAGACGCAGCUGACGAGGAGUUGCCUUUUAAGGAGGGCCAAAUUAUCAGGAUAUAUGGUGAUAAAGAUACAGAUGGAUUCUACAGAGGAGAAGUGAGGGGUCGAAUGGGUCUUAUCCCAUGUAACAUGGUGUCCGAAAUACGAGCGGAGGAUGACGAAACCAUGGAUCAGCUCAUUAAACAGGGAUUCUUGCCUCUCAGCACCCCAGUGGACAGAUUAGAGCAGAACAGAGGACCCUUGCGUCGAGGUGAGGCCUCCAGGAGGAUGGUGGCUCUUUAUGACUAUGACCCUCGAGAGAGCUCACCCAAUGUUGAUGUUGAGGCUGAGCUGACCUUCUGCACUGGUGACAUCAUCGCAGUAUUUGGUGACAUUGAUGAAGACGGUUUCUAUUAUGGUGAGAUCAACGGUCACCGUGGUCUGGUUCCCUCUAACUUUCUGGAAGAAGUGCCUGACGACGUGGAGGUGUAUCUGACUGAUACGCCCUCCCAGUUACCCCCCGAGGAGCCUGUCAACCGGCUCCCCGCCAACUCCGCCGCCACCGUCCCGGAGGGCAAACGGAUCACCACAGAAACCCUCGUCGACAACGAUGUCACACCUGUCCGCGCGCCGUCCCCAAUCGUCCGCCCCCUGCUACCGGGCACCAUGAGACCCCUCAGCCCAACAAGGGUUCCCCCUGGCCUCCCUCUGGAAUCAAGGGACCCUCAAGAUUUAGCAAACAAGAAGAAGAAAGGACUCCUCUCAAAGGGAAAGAAGUUACUAAAGCGACUAUCCCCUGCCAAAUAA